AUGGUUGAUCUGGCGGGUUCUCACACCUCCUUCCUCCUACCCCCUGCACUGCUGCACACUGCACACUGCUGCUUCUACAGCUCAGCAGCGUUCACCAAGGCCACCACUGCCCUCUACAACAUCUGCCUCAUCUGCCUCACCCAAAAUCCCAGCACCACAGUCGUCUCUGCGCCCCCAGCACGUUGCUUGCAGCAUCCUGCCUCCCAUCUCAUUCUACAACACCUGCCCCAGCACGCUGCCCGCACCAACCUGCCUCCCACCUUGUUAUCCUUGCCAACCACCGCCCUCUACAACCCCUGCCCAAGUGAGUCAUCACUUGGGGAUCGCACUAUUCAGACAUCUGGUCUCCCACCCACCAACGCUCCGCUCUCAGCUACUCGCCUACGCCCACAGAGUCAUCACUUGGGGAUCGCACUAUUCAGAUAUCUGGUCUCCCACCCACCAACGCUCCGCUCUCAGCUACUCGCCUACACCCACAGAGUCAUCGCCUUAUCAUCCUCACAGUUAACAACCAUCCUACCGGCUCCCAAUCUCGUCUCGCACCCACCAACACUCUGCUCUCAGCUACUCGCCUACGCCCACAGAGUCAUCACUUGGGGAUCGCACUAUUCAGAUAUCAAAUUUUAA